UGUUAGUUUCGCGCAUGCGCAGUGAGAGCGCUCGCUUCAGGGUAGCAUGCAGUUCAGUGUGUUAUCUGCUCUUUGAAUUACAAACAUUAUGAUCUGAUUGUAUUAUAUUGUUAGAAUUGUUAAAAAUAUAAUAUCGCAUCUAACGUUGUAUAAAAGAGUUUAUAAGAAGAAGGAAAAAAGACGAACAGAAUGAACGAGUUUGAACAUUUAAAGGAGGAAGACUGUGGUGAGGAGGAAGAGAUAAAGGACAGUAAUGAGAGCGACGGUGGAUCAAUCAACAACAACAACAACAACAUCAGACGCAAGACGGUGACCCCCGGCGCAGGCGAGCAUCCGCUGCAGUAUAACUACACGUUCUGGUAUUCGCGCCGGACCCCCAGCAGACCUGCUAACACACAGAGCUACGAGCAGAACAUCAGACAGAUGGGCACGGUGGCGUCGGUGGAGCAGUUCUGGAAGCUCUACAGUCACCUGGUGCGACCCGGAGACCUGACGGGACACAGCGACUUCCACCUCUUCAAAGAGGGAAUCAAACCCAUGUGGGAGGACGAGGCCAAUAAGAACGGAGGGAAGUGGAUCAUCCGGCUGAGGAAGGGUCUGGCGUCUCGUUUCUGGGAGAACAUCAUCCUGGCCAUGCUGGGCGAGCAGUUCAUGGUGGGAGAGGAGAUCUGCGGGGUCGUGGUGUCCAUCCGCUUCCAGGAGGAUAUUCUGUCCAUCUGGAAUAAAACGGCUAACGAUCAGGUGACCACGUCACGGAUACGAGACACACUGCGGCGCGUGCUCAACCUGCCGCCGAAACACCAUCAUGGAGUACAAGACACACAACGACAGCCUCAAAGAUAACUCCAGCUUCAGGAACACCAAGAUCACUUUGUGAAGACCUGGAAAUAAUAUUCCUACGGACACUUUCCCUUUAACAGCACGAGCAGCGGGGGUGUGUGUGUGUGCGUGUGUGUGUGUGUGUGCGCGUGUGUGUGUGCGUGCGUGCGUGCGUGUGUGUGUGUGCGUGUGUGCGUGCGUGCGUGCGUGAGUGUGUGUGAGGACACUGUCCAGGAUUCCUCGAGUUUCAUUCGUCCUGGUUAUUCGUCAGUAACUCGUUACUUCAGAUUCAGAGUGUGUUUGUAAUGAGAACAUGAUUAAAGAGUUUCUCUGCACAGUUCAGUUCAGUUCCUGUUUAUUUCUUCAUUUCACAGCGAAGUCAGAAAUAAACUUUUCCAUUAAGAGGUCA